GAAUAAAAUCAUUUUUAUUGGUUAUUUUAAUCAGUAGAGCAUUAAGAAAUUUAUUAUGGAAGGUAUAAUAAAAAGUUGUUUGUGAAGCAACUGUGUCGAGCGCACUACUUCUUUUAAGUAUUAUGAACAAUUUUUACGAUUUUAAUCACAACCAUAUUCAAAAGUGUCUACUCAAAAGAAAAUGAAUUUUUCAAGUUCUGCCUUAAGUAUGUGUCGGGCUAAAUAUUAACUAUCAUCGUUUAUUAAUUAUGUUUAGAGAACUUGAAAAUUUCAUCAUAGCUUAAAAAUAACACAUUCUGAAAGGGUUAAGAUGAAAACUAAAAUUAAUAAUUUUGGCCAAAGUUAUUUACUUAAAUGUAUCAAUAAAUAUGAUCUAAGAAAAAAUUCAACAGCUUAAAGAAACUUCUGAUAGAUUUUAUCAAAAUGCUGUGUCAAUAAAAUAUACAGUUAUUCCAGUAUUAAUUUAUCAAUGUAUAUCAAAGUAGUAUUUCAAUUGACUACUUGAAGUUUUCAAUCCAACCCAACUCGGGUUUUGCAUAUUAUGCAGCUCUUUUGUGAUCGACUGAUAACAAAUGGCGAUGGCGGCGAUGAUCGGCAAUCUAGGAGAACAAGGUCAAAGCGACCUAGGCCGUUUAAAGUGUGGGACGGCGCGCGCGCGACCCGUAAGAGUCUGGUGUUGGCACCUGGCUCCGCUACCGUCACCGACCUGGUUGUUCGAGGAAAGCGGAAACUGAACGUAGCAGAUGCUACCCCAGUUCGGCUGGUACUUGAAACGGAUGGUACUCAUGUUGAAGAUGACGAGUAUCUUGAAGGAUUGCCGGAUCAUAGUGUCGUUCUGCUGCUCAAAGACGAUGAAUUUUGGCUUCCUGGGCCGGUACCACCACCUAUUACAGCUAUUCCAAAGAUUGUAUGUGAUACGGUGGGAGCAUUAUUACGGCGAUGGUGUCAUGAUCAUUUAACAGCUCCCGGGGCAUGGACAAUUGCGGCAGACGAUCGAAAGGGUAGGGUUACAGUGGUGCUACAUUGGGAUAAGCCGACGGCUGUGGAUCGUGGUUGUGACAGUAUUGGAAGGACAAAUGGCGAUGAUCAAGAUGAAGAACGAUCGAUAGUGGCUGAUCAGAGGGAGUGCAAUCAACGAUUUCGAAGCGAUUCACGUUCUAGUGAAAAGCAGUCAUCGUUUCAAGAAGAUCAACAUCAAAGGCAACAGAUGAUCGAGCAGAAACGGCGGAUGUCAGCAUCACUGAUGCAGCAAUCACCACAGUCGUCUUUUAAACAAGGGGACCAUCAGCAUCAGUCGAGAAAAACUGGUCACCAUCAAAGCACUUCUACCGACUGGUAUCACACAAAUGUUUCUACAUCUACUUCCGGUCUAUCACCACCACUUCCAAGGUCCGCUGGUAUUUCACCUCCUAGACUGGGAUUGUCACCUUCAAAGCACGUCACUAUGACGUCUGUGCAUCUCGAUACCCCUGAGGAACCAUGUGACUUUCAUUGCUGUGCGCUGCACGAAGAGGGACGCCCAAUAGCCGUAACGGCCACUUCGCCCGUCCAAGAACCCACGUACCAGUAUCAACAUUCUCCUCAACAUCACGAUCGACAACAUUCCCAUACUAAUAUGAUGCACCGUAAUGAUCAUCAUUCAUUACAUCCCAAUCCACAACAACCAAUGCGACAUCCACACCAGCAACAGCAACAACCUCAACAACAGCAGUUGACUAGGCGUCUUUCGCCAAAAAAAGGACAUGUGCGAUUUUCGGACAUGCCAGAAGGUCCACUUCCACCACCCAUCCUACCUUCAACACAGGACAAUGAUGGUGAGAAUCCUACCGGACAAGACAGUAGCUCCGAAGAAACCACUACCGACGACAUUACUGUUUUGGAAGACGGUACAUCAGCUCGAACCACCAACAUGGCGGAAAAGUACCUGUUGCUCGUAGAUCGACCGUGUACCACAUCACACGGAGAUAUUACAGUACCACCUCGCCUAACGGUGAAGGAUGUCGGUUUGAUUUUAGAACGCCUUCGGUCUAAGAUCCCGGACGUUAGGUCUGUGGAACGGGAAGUGGAGCCCGGCGACCAAGACGAAUGCAAUGACGACAGGGAUACUUGUUGUUACAAUUGGACUAUAAGGGCUACCGUCAGAGGUCGUGGGGGAUUUCGUGAGUUGGGUGUCAUAUACGACGGCGGUUACUAUGCCGUUUCCGAGCAUCCUGGAUAUAGCAAUAAUAGCGGAAACAACAAUCAUGGUGACGAAAAUAGCGAAGACUGUAGUAUCGGUGAAAACGACGGACCUGAGGAGAGCCGUUACCGACAAAUACCUGAACUUGAAUAUCAAGACGACGAAGAAGUGAAGAUUUGAAGGUGCGGGUUCGUUCAGUACUCCAGGUUUCCAUACCCAAAAUCGCCAUCGCUCGUUACCGAGUAUACCAAAUGUACCCCUUUGUUACCACAUCGUAAUAAUAAAUAUAGUAUCCAUGCAAAUUUCGUUACCAAAAAAUUAUUGUACCACGCUGUCAUUACAGUGCUACACAUGUGUUAUGUGUAGUGCUAUUUAAGUGUAGUUUGUGUUCAUCGUUAUCAUUAUCAUCAUUAUUAUCAUCAUCAUCAUCAUCAUCAUCAUCAUCAUUAUUAUCGUCUUAUUGUUUUAAAUAAUAAUAAUACUACAUGCACGUACGCAUUACUGAAAAUUAAGUAUUUAUUGAGCUAAUGGAAUUAUCUACCAACGUAAUAAACAGAGUGAUUCACAAUGUGGCGCAUAUUAAACAUGUUUUAAUGUUUUUUGUUAUUGAUAUUUUUAAAUAACUAUAAUUCUGUUAUGCGAUUAUUAUAAACAAAUUUUGUUCUUUAUGAUUAUUUGGUUGUUUAUCAGUUAUUAGAUACAUGAAAUUUUUACAGUCAUUGUAUACAAUUAUCAAUAAAAUUUGAUAUAGACGGAAUUUCUAUAUGAAUUUAUUUAAUUAAUAAAAAAUCGAUUUUCAUCUCGUUUAUGGAUCUUUUUUUUACUUUUAUAAAAGUUGAUUGGAACUCAAUUCAAUCAAAUAUUUAGGUUGUUUGUUCAGAUUUUGUUUUUAACGAUUGUUUUUGUUUGAAAUAACUUAACAAAAAUACAUUUCAUGAGAUAUUUAAUUAAAUAAUCAAUUAUAAUUUUUGGGAUUUUUCCUAAUUAUUUUAUUUUUUUAGGUUUAUAAUAAUUAAUUAUUUUUAAUAUUUUAAUUUUUUUAUAAAGAAAAAUUAUUUCACUAUUAAAUAAUGGUUGGAAACCCAUGUGUUACAACAGUGAUUUGUGAGUCACCCUGUAUAUGUUUUAAGUCAUGAAUGACUAAUAAAUUGUUAAUUAUUAUGAUGAUAUUUUUAGAUGUUUACACUGCCCGUUGUUACAAUAUAUAAUUAAUAAAUAUAAUUGCCAUAUUUGUUGAAAUUACCGCAGUAAGAAUAUUGUUUAAUUAAUAUGUAUUAAAUGUUAAGUAUCUAUUAAGUAUAUUACACAUGUUUAAAUGAUUGGAAUAUUGAUUAAGUUUUCGCAUUAAUAGAAAUAGAUGUACUAAAGAUAUUACGUAAAUCAAACAAUAUAAUUUAACUCAAGCUACGUUUUGUUUUUA